GAACAUAUAUAAUAGUUGUUUUAACGAAAACAACCUUUAUCCUGUAAAUCCUAAGCAGUUAUAAAACAUAGCUUAUAUCCUUUAAACUUUAUUUAGCUUUUUAUGAAAAAGAGUAUCCCUCCAUCAUAAAACUAGCAAAUAGAACAAUCUAAAGCCAAUUUAGGAAUAGAAAACUAGUAACCUUCUCAUACAAUAACUAGCAAUACAAAUAAAAAUUAAAUUCAUUUUGCUGCAAAAUCUCAAUUUAAAAGAUCUUUUACACCACCACCUUUUUAGACACCUCUAGAAAACUAAAAUUUAAAGGAACGAAAUAAGGCACAGUAAGAUAACUAAAGAAAUUUUAAUAAUACUGCCAAUAAUAAUAACAGCUCUUCUUUUAUCCAGCAGACUAUCAUAAUUAACUAACCAAAUUUUAACAUCAAUUAUAUGCAAACUAAAAAUAACUAGUAUGUAAAAAAUAAUAUUGACGCUAAGGGGAAUUAAAUUUAGAUAAAUACAUAAAAUAUAAAUGGUAAUUAAUACUAUUAAUAUCUGAACUAAAGUAAUACAAACACUAAUCAAUAGCAAACUUAAAAUUUGUAGAGCUAAUUAGUUAAAUUAAAUAACAAUAAUAACAAUAUGUCUUUUUUAAGAUCUAAAACACCACUAACACCUUAAUAAAUCCAAAUAUAUAACGAAAUUCACUAACAGAAAAAAUAAUAUUCUGAUGGAAAUAGCUUUCUUUUGCAAUUUAAUAAUGAAGAUAAAGUGCACUCCAAGCAAAAUACUAUCAAUGAUCAUAAGAAAAUAUAUCUAAAUGGAACAAAUUAAAUUAAUUCUAAUUUUAAUAUUAUCAAUAACAGUAGUUUACAUGAAAAAUCUAGAUCGCCAAAAUAAAAUGAGCUUGUUUUAGGCAACCAAUAAACUAGUCUUACAACAGUGAAUUAAAAAAACGAUUAUUCAAGAAGUGAAUCCGCUUAAAAGUAGCGCAUUAUGAUACCAAAUCAUAUAAAACAAAAUACUCAAUAACCUAUAAAUGGAGUUAUUUCGCAGCUUUACAAACAUACUUCUAACGAAUAAAAAAAUGAUUAAAUGUUUAAAAGAAUCGAAACAAUAAAACAACAACCUCAUGUAAUUAAUAAUUUAGUUUCACCAUCUAAAGAAAGAAGCUAAUCAGUUAAAUAAAGAUGCCUAAAUAGGCCUAUUUCUCAGCAACAAAACUAUGCUCCUUUUGGUAGAUCAUAAACCCCUAAACCUGAAUUACCGACUAUAACUGACUUUAAAUUCUAAAAAAAUCCUAAAAUAGAUACUUAACAAUACAUGAAUUAAACUACUAACUUGAUAAAGUAAUCUAAGGGAUAAAGAUUUCAUACUAUUGGAGAUUUCGAUGAUUAAUUAUAUAAUAAAAAUAACAAUUUAAAUGCAGAAAAAUAGACUUUAAAAGGAAACGGAAAUACUGCAGCUGCAGCAAUUUUAAGAAACCAAACCAUAGAUUUAGAAAAUUCAGCUACUCAAAAUUUAUUAGCAAACCAUCUUUCAAACAUGUAAAAUACAGUUGGAAUUAAAAAACUGAGGCUUAUUGAUAAUUUGAUUGAUAACCCAAAGAAUAAUAGCUAAAAUUUACAUCGGCUAAGUAGCUGCUAUGAUGUUAAUUAAGCAUAAGAUACAAUUUAAAUAGGUUCUAAAGAACCUUAAAAUGAAAUCUAAAGACCAAAUGUAUAUAAUACUAGUUAAAACAAACAUUUAAUAUUUAAUAAUAGCAAUAAUAAAUACAUCAUUCAAAUAAACUAAGAAAGAUCUAAAUCACCUUCAGAUCUUUCUUAAUAAAGUAAUUAUGUAACCUAAAAUAAGUACUCACAGAAUAAAUCUAUUUUAAAAGAAUGCUCUUCCACUUUAAAAAAGAGACCAAUUUCUCCAUAAUCAAUAAGCAAUCAGAUAAAAAAAUCAGAUUUUACUGCAAAUCUUAAAUAAUUUUAGUAAACAAUGUGCAUACAGACCCCAAACACAACAAAUCUACCAAAUAAUAGCAAUACUAAUAAUAAUAACAACAAUAAUGUAUAAUAACUCUUAAAAAUAUACGAUGAAACAGGAUUAUUCAAACUACCAAACCCUCCGAAAUCUAAUUAAAAAAAUACAAAAUUUUAAAGGAGAUAUCAUUCCAAUUUAAGAGGACCUGAUAAUAGAAUAAAAACUGAAAUGAACGAGUCCUUAACGAAUAGUAUAAAUAUGUUGAACUUAUGUAACGACCAAGAACACUAAUAAGAUCACUUUAACACAGAAAAAGAAGGAGUAAAAAAGGAUAUUGGAGAUUAAACUUUAAAGGGAUAAAAGAAAGAAAAUGGCUUAGACAAGACUUUAGACAAAAGUUUUGAACUAUACUUUUAGGAAGAUAACAAAACUUAAAAAUUUGUGAGAACAAACAAAGAUAUUUAAAAUCUCCUUAAAAACGAUUUCCGUAGGAUAGGCUUAAAAGAAGAAAAUAUUAAAGCAAACAAAAACGAAAGCUACUUAAAUACUAAAAAUAACCAAACAAAAAUUGAUAAAUAAUCAAGAAAGCAUAGUGCAUCUCACUAUAUUUUUUCAACUUUAUAAGAAAAUUCUUAGAAGAAUUAAAUAUUUUAAGACUUUUGCUAUAAUUUCGAUAUUUGA